AAAGAUUUUAAUCACUAACGCACAGAAAAUCUGGAGAAAAAAAUCAGAGUUGUAUCAUGGUGUACCCAAAUAAGGAACUUGAACUUCAGUGGAUCUCAUCUCAAAAAACAAAAAGGAGCUUCAGUGCAACCAAAAAAAAAAAAAAAAUCAACCGCGGCACCAGACCAGAGAUCACCAGCACCAUGUCUGCUCCCGCAGCCGACUGGCUGCCGUCCGCGGCCGUGACAGCGUCCGGCCGCCCGGUGCUGUCCGCCGGCGAGGUGGAGCGGAACCUCCUCCCGCUCGUGGACCUCGAGCCUGAGGAGAACCCGCGCCUCGAGCCCCUCCGCGGCUGCCUCCUCGCGCUCACUUCCCACCGCCUCUUCUUCCUCCACGAGCCCUCCCGCUCCGCGCGCGCCCUCCCGCUCGCCUCCGUUGUCCAUGCCUACCCUCCCCACCGCAGGCACAGCCACAACCCCCUCCGCUCGCUCUUCUCCUCCUCGUCCUCCUCCUCCUCGUCGCACCACCACCGCAUCCGCCUCCAGAUCUCCCUGCCCCCCGCGCGAUCGGAGGUCGUCGCCAUCGUUGUGACGUGCAAGACCGACGUGGAUGUGUUCUUCGGGAGGCUGCUCGAGGCAAUCCGCGCGAGGGCCUGGGAGGUGGCCCCCGCGGCAGCUCCGGCGAGCGGCGCCCCGGUGGCGGAGGGGGCCGCGCCGGCGGAGGAGGAUAUCGCGAUCCGGAUGCCCGUGGUCGGGGUUUCGGGGAUACUACGAAUGGAGCAGGAGGCGUGGGAGAGCGCGGGGCAGAACUUGCAGGAUGCAUUCCAGGAUCUCAACGCCCUCAUGAGCAAAGCUAAGGAGAUGAUGCAGCUAGCAGAGAAAAUGAGGCUAAAGCUACUAACGAAUUCAUCUACUCAAUCGAAUUCCAAUGAUGAAGAGAUGGGUUCUAAGCAAGACAUGCAGGAUUGGCUACUGAGCGUUGGCAUUGUGUCUCCUGUAACAAAAGAAACUGCCGGUGCUUUGUACCAUCAACAGUUGUCACUGCAGCUGGCAGACUUUGUAAGAAUACCACUUGAGAAAGCUGGUGGUAUGAUAGCACUAGUCGAUGUAUAUUGUCUCUUCAACCGUGCUAGGGGAACAGAGUUGAUCUCACCAGAGGAUCUUUUGCAAGCUUGUUCACUGUGGGAGAAAGUUGAUGUCCCAGUCAUGCUCAGGAAAUUUGAUAGUGGAGUGAAGGUGAUCCAGACCAAGACACAUAGUGAUGAAGAGGUAUUUGCAAGAAUCUCAUCACUUGCACAAAAGCCGGAUGCUCUUCAGAAGGGGGUUAGCCCCAGCGAUGCCGCAUUCACUCUGGGAAUUGCACCAGCUUUAGCAAAGGAGCAUCUUCUAAAUGCAGAAAAUAAAGGCCUGUUGUGCAGGGAUGUCAGUCCAGAUGGAAUCCGCUUCUUUAUCAAUUUGUUUAAUGAAAUUGACCCCAAAAAUAUUUACUCGCAAAAAAGUCAUGGACUAUACCACGCUUGGAUUUCCGUUGCAAUGGCAUCGCAGUGACACUGGUUAGAUCGGUUGGGGAAUAUUGGGAGAUCAGCUGAUCGAGCUAGAUAUCGGUGCCACCACAGUAUAACCUUGUAAAACGUUUGAUCCGAGUUGUGUCUGGAUAAUGUAAAACACCUAAAGACGCGAUGUAACCAAGUUCAUUUAUUUUGUUGAAUGCAUGAGCAUUUAGGCGUGUUGUAUAUUUUCCUUUUGGAAGUUCUAUACCUGAGGAUUUGGAUUACUUAGGUGCGUCCUUCAAUGUGUGUUAAACAUGUAGGCAGAGUAAUAUUUUUAUUUGCUGGCCACUACGUUCUGCAAUGCGAGUUUAUCUUGAUACCAUCA